UCUUCCUUCACAGUUCACACAUCCCUUUUUUUCUUCUUUUUCUAAAAUCCUUCACUUCUUUCUCCAUAUUCAAACAAAUUUUCAUAUUUCCACCCUCUUCCAUUUCUCUCUCUAUCUCUCUCUCUCCUCUGUUUCUCUGCUACAUAUAUGAUCAGUUUCUCAGCCCAUGAAAACUCUCUUCUUUUUCUUUUGUACACAUAUUACCAGUUUCCUGCACAAAUAAAAGAAAAAAGCUUACUGUUUCAGAUCCCAACAUAUUUCCCCUUUCUUUCUCUCUCUUCAAUUUCACCAAUAACAAGAAAAAAAAGACACCAAUCUUUCUCUCUCUAGGUUUAUAAUACAGUUCAGUGUUCACUGUCUGAUUUUUCAGCAGUAAGUAUAAAGCAAACUCUCACCUUCCUACUUCUCCAACCCCUAUAUAGUGGUCCUCUAUCUAUCUUAUAUUCACCUCUUUUUCUCUCUCCUCUUUUUUUCUUUCUCAUUUUCUCAACAUACCCAUCUCCUAAUUUCACCUCUUUCAUAUACCCAUUUCAAAAUUUCCAUCAUUUUUGCUGAAAUUUCUAGAAAAAAAAAGUUUUUAUUUUAUUUUAUUUUUCUGGGUUUUUUUUUUUGGGUAGCAAAAUGCAAGAACAGGGGUUAGGAAUGAUGGGUGGCGGUAGCGGUGGCGGUGGUGGAGGAAUUAGUGGUUUAAUGGGAGGAGAUAUAGCGUUUUCAGAUCAUUAUAGACAGUUAAAAGCUGAAAUUGCAACACAUCCAUUGUAUGAACAACUGUUAUCAGCUCAUGUUUCUUGUUUAAGGGUUGCAACACCUAUUGAUCAGUUACCUCUUAUUGAUGCUCAGCUUAAUCAGUCUCAAUCUUUACUUCGUUCCUAUGUUACUCAACAUAAUUACUCUCAUUCUCUCUCUCCUCAUGAAAGACAAGAACAUAAUCACUCUCAUUCUCUCUCUUCUCAUCAAAGACAAGAACUUGAUAACUUCUUGGCACAAUAUUUGUUGGUGUUGUGUUCUUUCAAAGAACAGCUACAAAAUCAUGUCAGGGUCCAUGCUGUUGAAGCAGUCAUGGCAUGCCGUGAAAUUGAACAGAAUUUGCAAAAUCUCACUGGCGCAACUCUAGGAGAAGGAACAGGUGCAACAAUGUCUGAUGAUGAAGAUGAAUUGCAGUUAGAAUAUUCUAUGGAUCAAUCUUCAGGAGGAGAGGUGCAUGACAUGAUGGGUUUUGGGCCAUUACUUCCUACUGAAUCUGAAAGGUCUCUCAUGGAGAGAGUCCGCCAUGAACUCAAAAUUGAAUUAAAGCAGGGAUUCAAGUCCAGAAUCGAAGAUGUGAGAGAGGAGAUCCUCCGCAAAAGGCGAGCAGGGAAACUACCUGGUGAUACCACUUCUGUUCUUAAGGCAUGGUGGCAGCAACAUUCUAAGUGGCCUUAUCCUACUGAAGAUGAUAAGGCAAAACUAGUUGAGGAGACAGGGUUGCAACUCAAGCAGAUUAACAACUGGUUUAUCAACCAGCGGAAGCGAAACUGGCAUAACAACUCUCAGUCUGCUAAUACCCUCAAGUCCAAGCGCAAGCGCUAAAUCAUCCAUCCGUCCAUCCAUCCAUCCGUUCAUCCAUCGAUCCAAUGCAUUUAUACAGCAUGAUGAACAGAUCCAACAAUAGAUUUAUAUCCAAAGAUACGUUAUUGUGUCGCGAGCUCGAGUGCAGGUUGAAAUCUAACCAAAAACUACUGUUACUUCUGUGAAAUAUAUACUGAAAAUUCAAUGUUGGAAUUAUUAGGAUAUGCAACUUUAAUAGUUUGGUGUAAAGGAAAAAAAAACUUGAUAUGCAUAGUAAGGUUUAGGAACUGUUUGGAUUAUCUGGGAUGUAAUAUACAACUAUAGUAGCUACAUAAUUCUUCAUGUCCUAUUAUCAUCUGAUCUUUUUCAUUAUUUCUAAAUCUUCAUUGUUGACAA